AUGUUUCGCACGCAACAAAAUGCCUUCGACGACGCCGUUGCCAAGGCAACGGACGAGAACUUGACGUCGGAAAAUUGGGAAUUUAUUCUUGAUGUUUGUGAUAAAGUCGGUGGUGAGGAUACGGGGUAUGGCUCUGGAGUCGCAAAAGAUGCUGUUGCUGCACUGAUAAAGCGAAUCGCACAUCGGAAUGCCAACGUUCAACUUUAUACUUUGGAAAAUACCCACCAACAAGUAAAAGCGAAGAUACUGGAACGAAUGGAAGAAUGGACAGAAAUGUUUUCGAGCAAUCCUGAUUUCGGCUUAAUGGAACAAGCUUAUAUGAAACUCAAGUCACAAAAUCCAAAUCUCCAACCCCCAUCGAAACCAACGAAGCGGCAAAUUACCGACUUUGAUAGACAGAAGGAGGAGGAAGAACUUCAAAUGGCGCUCGCAUUGUCUAUUAAGGAUAAGCCUUCCACGACCCAGGGCACAACCACUGCACAGUCUACUUCCAGCCAGGAAAAUCAGAGCGCGCUGGCAGCCCCCCACCCUGUUCCAUCAGGAACUACCGCAGCCACCGUUUCUCGGGUUCGAGCCCUUUAUGACUUUCAGCCUUCUGAGCCUGGAGAGCUCCAGUUCCGCAAGGGCGACGUUAUUGCUGUUCUCGAAUCCGUCUACAAGGAUUGGUGGAAAGGUUCCUUGCGCGGUCAAACUGGAAUCUUCCCUCUAAACUAUGUUGAGAAACUAUCAGAUCCAACGCAAGAGGAACUCCAAAGAGAAGCCCAAAUGGAAUCCGAAGUUUUCGCCGAAAUAAAAAAUGUGGAGAAGCUGUUGACCCUGUUGAGCACCAGCAGUUCAGAAUUGAAUGUUCAGGACAAUGACGAAAUCACCACCCUGUACCAUUCGACCCUGGCUAUACGGCCAAAGCUUAUCGAAUUGAUUGGCAAAUACUCGCAGAAAAAAGAUGAUUUCACGCAACUUAAUGAAAAGUUCAUCAAAGCUCGAAGAGACUACGAAUCCCUUCUUGACGCCUCGAUGGCUCAUCCAGCACAACCAUAUUAUGGACGACUUCAAAAGACUACGUACGGUUACCCAUUGCAAAAUACAUCCGUGGGAUAUCCCCAAGGCCCCCCACAAGAUGAUCCGCAGCGUUACUAUGCCGCUCGCCCGCAAGAGGGCCAGAAACCUUUUCAAGCUGCUCAAACCCCGCUCUACAGUUCUGAACAAGUUCCACUUCCUUACCCAAACAAUGGACAGACAUCCGACACCGGACAACGAACUCCCAGCAGUUCACAACAUUUGCCACAGCCCCAACAACAAUUACCAUCCGACGAGUACGGGGCAAACAGUGUUGUUCAGAACCAUUCUGAGGGUGUCUCCGACUACCCUCAAGAGCUUGCGACAUCGGUGUAUGAACCCCCACAAGACACCGUUCCACUAAAUAAUCGACACUCCUAUCAUUCCCCAGGCUACCAGACUCAACCAUCUGUCUCGCAGCACAAGCCACAGUCGCAGCAGCCUCCAGACUUUUCUUCCGCAUCAUAUUCGGCCGUCGGUCUUUCCACACCGCAAACUCAAUCUGCUAAUCCACCAUAUCCCUCUCAAUCGCAUCCACUUCAGCAUCGCCAACAACAGCAAAACUUCUCUACAUCGACUCCGCCUCAGCCUAACAAAGCACCUCCACCUGGCCUCCCAUCCGGUACCCCGGGUCAGCCUCCGUAUCCUAUUGUCCCUGCUGGUGUGAGACCGGGACCUGCCAGUGAAGGGUACCAGCCCCAUCACACCAUCGGCGGCACACAAGCCGCUUCUUCAAACGUAAAUACAAACCCAAGUUCUUUCUAUCGGUGA